ACCCCCACCGGGCCAUGAAAGCUUUUGGGAAGCCGCGAAUUGUCAGCAAGAAGUGGAUCGUUGUAGUCAGCCUUAGUGGUUGAGGCAAGUGUGUGCUUCUGAGAGAAGGAAUGGCCGUGGUGGUACAAAGAUUUCACUGGGGCCGUAAAGGAUUUAGUGACAAGAGAAUUUAAGUCCUCACGAGCAGAAAGAAGUCGGGCGUGCGUUUGAAGCCCGAUCUUCCGGGACCUGUGCUUUGCACUUUCCUUGGAGACCCGGUGAAACUUCAGCCUGCGUAGGCUGAGGUCAGAAGUGCCCGCCAAGAUGGAAGUGAAUCCCCCCAAACAGGAGCACCUGCUGGCGCUAAAAGGUCCUGUUUCUUCUGAUUUGACAAGAAAGACACUUUUGUAAUAAUAAAUUACAUUCUAGCUCUGAAGAAUUCAGCUAAGAAAUUUUAUCUUCAUUAAGAGUUAAUGGAUAGCUGCAGAAUGACCACUGAAGUAAUAUUACAUUACCGACCAUAUGAAAACGAUCCCAAACAGCUGGCAAAAAUUGCAGAAAAUGUAAUUCAAGACUUUCCUACUCACCCACUACCAAGAUUUAUUCCUUGGUUUCCAUACGAUGAGUCCAAACUUCCACUCAAGCCUGAAAGAUUACCACCAGUAAUUUCUGAAGAGGCUGCUGAGAGCGUGAAGCAGUACUUAGCCGUUUCAGAACCUGGUGUUAAAUCCCAGAGCUAUGACUGCACAGUAGAUCUCUUGGAGUUUCAGCCUAGUUCAAAACUGCAGCACUUUAUCCAAUCACACACACUGAAGGAGCAGACCAAUGCGGCACAUUUGGAUAAAAAUUCAGGAAAAGAAAAACAGCACAAGCAGAGAUCCUGGAGUGUUUCGCUUGCCGGCAGACGCUGUCCAGAAAAGGUCUUUCCUUUGUCUAGAAAAUUGCAAGCUAGUUUAAAGACACUACAUUUGCACUCCUUUCAUAGAGCAAGAUGGACUUUAGAAUACAGUGUUUGCAACAACCAGACUCUGGAAGACAUUUGGACAAAACUCAAUCGCCUUAUCAGGCACAAUGAACUUCCUUCUUGUAAUGCUACCAUCCAGAGACAGUUAGGCCAAAUAUGGGUGUUCUGUGAUAUUAAGUGCUGUGAAUAUGUAGGAAAUCUUCUUAAAGAAAGAUUAUCUCUUAUUGGGAAAAUUGAUUUAUUUGUACAUAAAUAUGGUGUUAUUUUUAGUAUGUAAUAAAUUUUCAUCAUCAGGAAAAGUAUUCUGAAUGAAAUGAAUUUGGACUGAAAUUGUGAAAUGAAUACAUUGUACUGAUCAUUACAUUUUUAAUGACUUAAAUUUUGAUGCUUCUUUAUAGUAUGAAGAAAUAAUUGUGUAAUAUGGAUACAGUUUGUGUCCAGUCUAUAAAUAUCACAUACUUCCAAGGCUUGUCGGUCAAUUCAGGAACAUUCCAGAUUGUGUUUAUUAGCAUUCUUUUAAGUGAACUCUGAUGAAUUAUUGUUUGUACUGAAAUUGAAAGUAAGUGUUCUAACCUUUAUUCCAAUGAUUUGAGUUUAAACGAAUGGUUUUAUUUUAAUGAAUCCUUAAAAAUCCUUAUUCGCCUAAAUAUAAUAUGAGCUGUGUUGUAAAAUUAAAAGUCUUAUCACAGUAUGUCUGAUUUUGUAUUUUUCAUGAUUGGUUGCCAAUCAAGAGUUAAAAGUUUGGAAAUCAUAUCACUUUUGUGAUGGUUUUGUUAUUUUAAAAGGAUUAUAACAACUAAAAAGUAUAAGUUGCAAUGAGAUUAUAAACAGUUUUUAAAUCCAAGAAUUAAAAGGAGCGUCUAUGUUUUCAUAUGUGGAAAAUUUGAAGUUUUCUGGUGUAUUCCACGUGAACUGCUGCAUCUCAGAAUUCUUUGUGAAACAAUGAAAGUAAAAGCAUAGGAAUUGGCAGCAGUGGUAGUGUUCUCCUUUAAUCUUGAGAAGCAGAGGCAGGUGGAUCUUUGUGAGUGCUAGGCCAGCCCGGUGUACACAGUGUGUACCAAGACAGCCAGAGCUGCACAGAGAAACCCUGUCUCAAAAAAACAGAAAAAGUUAAGGUUUUUUGCUUCAAAUAGUACAGUGAUUCUAAAGAAAAAGUUCGUUUCCCACUUACCUAGCUAAUACUUACGGCGUUAUCAAGAUCUGACGACUUAAAACCCACUGUUAUUUCCUAGAAGGCUUUUAUUUUUAGUUACAUGUAUGUAUUGUGUGUUUGCAUGUGAACACACAUGCCACUGUGCAUAUGUGGAGGUCCGAGAAGGGCCUGAAGGAAUUGGUUGGUUAUUUCUUCCCACCUUGUAGGUCCUGGGAAUUGAACUAAGGUCAUUGUGUGCUUUUAUCCACUGAACUCCUUGUCUAGCCCUCUAGAAGCCUUUUAAGAAGAUGUCAGAUCUUUGAACGUGGUGCUACAUGUGGAUCCCGGGGGCUGGGUGACUUGCUAUUAGCUGCUAUCGUCAACCUCCCUUCCCUCUCAAGAUCCCACUGUUUAAUCACACAUAGAACAUGCUAGAAAAACAAAAAUAAGUGUGGAAAGAUAAAUCAGUGAGAGCCUUUGGAAAAAUGCAGCCAGCACUUAGUCUCUAGGAAAGAGGCAG